CUCUAGUGGUCAUGAUAUAUUAUUUUUCCGAUCAAACUGAAAGUGAUAUCACGCUGACAUACUGAAAACGCUUAAGGAAACGGCUCCACUGUAUAGUAUAUAUUGUUUUCACAGGUACUAAAACAACACCGAACGACAGAGAGAUGAGCCGAAUGCAUGAAGAAGUGGAGUUGGAGAAAAGUGUCAGGCGACUGAGAGAGAGGUUUCAUGGACUUGUUGAAAUUGACAAGGCUGUAUUGCUCAUGCGACGCUAUGGAAACAACCAUCGUAUGGUUGCAAUGUGUGUCGCCCUGAUGGCAGAUAAUGAGAGGGAGAUGGACGAGGAAGACAUGUCAGCUUUGAAUAAUGACCCUGUAGCUAAGAACGUGGUUAUGAAACUCAAAGCUGAUGAAAAACAACAGGAAGAAAAACCUGCAAAGUCAUCUGGAUCCAGUGGUGCCAGUCAACCAGCACAAGCAGCGGCCAAGAAAAAACCCAAUGAUGACACUGAUAUAGCGGAGCUCAGGGCGCGUCUACGAGUUCUGCCAUUAACAGAGGAGAACAAACGAAUGUUUGACCAGGCUCAGGCAAACCAGAUCCCUUCUGUCAUUCAUCAGUUUGCCUGCGAGUCAUGUGACAGGGACUGGUGGCGACGUGUGCCUCAGAGGAAAAGGGUGUCACGUUGUCAUCGCUGCAAAAAGAAGUAUGACCCUGUGCCAGCCAACAAGAUGUGGGGUAUAGCAGAGUUUAACUGUCCAAACUGCUUACGGACCUUCAAGGGCUUUGGUCGAAUGGAUGGACGUUCCCCUUGUUAUGGCUGUCGCUCAGCCAUUUUCCCCUCAAAGAUUCUACCACCCAGGAAGAGAAGCAUGAUGCCUGGGCCUAGAAGAAGAAAUCAGCACAGCUGUCUCGCUGAAGACUGUUAUAAUCGAAUGGAGCCCCAUGUACCUGGUACCGAAUGCGUUCACCCACAUAGCAGACAGAAGAACAGGAAGCCACGUGUGGUUUACCCCAGCCCCGCUCACAUCAGCAGCGGAUCCACUGUCAACACCUGUCUGAGUCAGGGCAGUCUGAUAGAAAGCAUCAAUGAGCUCAUUCUAGAUGACAUUGAAGAAGAGUCUGAUGAAGAUUCUGACAGCAGCACCUGAGGCAGCAGCAAACAUCGCUUCAGCUGUUGCAUUGAAUGAAACGUGUUUUCAUUUUUGAUCUAAUUUCAAAUAAUUCACUCAAAGUAACAAAUGUAUGGAAGCCUAAGCAGCCUGAAUGAAAUAUGUAAUGCACUGCAAGCUGUAUGAACACAGUGCAAAACACACCAAACAAAGAAUCCAGAUAAGAAAUGAUUAUCCAUUGAAUUAUGGAUCAAUUAGUGCACACCCUGAGUGUGUAUGAGAGAGUGAGCAUUUGUGGUUCUCAGCCAUACAAAAGAUUACUGAAGAGAUAUGAAACUAUAAUGCUGUCAACAAACCUGGAAAUACUUAAUAGUUGGAAUGACUCAACCAAGCAUUCAGCAGCACUGUGAUAUGAGGUUUAUUACAACGCUGAUGUGAAAAGACAAGUCCAGAUUUUGUUUUUAAUGUCCCUCAUUCCCUACGCUUGGUAAAUCCUUUCCUUAUUCUCUGAAUUAUGUUAUAUUGUUGGUUAGUACGUUUAUUUGCAUAUUUAAAUUAUAUUUCCCCCUCACAUGAUCACAUAUUGGUUAUUUUUGUCAUUUUUAUGGUCUUAUCAAUGGAUUCAUAAGCCACACACAAAUAAUAAUCUGUAACACUUUGCAAUAAGGGUUCAUUUGAUGCCAAUAGUUAUUUAUCUUAGUGACGAUUAAUCUCAGUAUUUAUACAGGUUUAAAUUCAGAAGUUCUAUCUGUUAGCAUUACUUAAUGCACUGUGAUCUAAAAUAUUAAAAUGAACAUUUUAUUAACAUUAACAUUAGCAAAGGAUUGUAAAUGAUCAUUGUUACUUAAUGUUAGUUAAUGUGUAACUAAAGUUAACAAAGAAGACCUUAUUGUAAAGUGUUUCUUAGUCUUCAAAUUACAUGACACCAAAGAAGAGUGUUCCAACUAUUCAGUUUUUCAACUUUAAAAUGUCCUAGUUGUUGUUUUCCUAUUUGUUGCUUUACAUUUCUAUAUAAACCUCCUUUUUGUCUGAGAUAAUACUUCACACACAGCAUAGACAAGUACUUAAGAAAAAAAUGCAGACCAUUCCUAAUGAAUAAACAGACAGCCUUACAAAACAAGCUGUCAUACACACAUAUGGUGAACAAAUGGUGAACUCUAAUAUUUCCCAAAUGAAAACUUCAGGAACAUGUGCAGAGGAAAUUAUGCCCAAAGACCAACAAUGUGUUAAACCUUCUAUUAAUGUGUCAAAAUAAAAAUGAUCUGGAAUAAACAAGGA